AUGGGGAAAGGACUUUAUGCUAGCUUACUACAAUCACUCAUUGGAAAAUCUUUGUUGAUGCAUUCAGUAACUAACCUGGAGUUUUGGUUAUCUAUGAUACAACUACGGCUAAAACCAUCUCAAAGCUGCGGCAUAUACAGUGGUAGCCAGCUCGCAUAUACUCUGUUUGGAUCGAUAUCACACAUGCCAACGUCGUUCCAUCUGCAAUCUGAUGGCAGAUCUGAGUUUGUGGAUACUGUCAAGCUUGCAUUGACGAAUUCGGAGAGUGGUCGCAUGGGGGUUGAUGUUCUAGAUAUCUUACAGGAGUGUAGUGCAACUUCCCAGUUCACAAUCUCCUGA